UCACUAUUCUCUCAUUGUCUCUCUCUCUCUCUCUCUCUUCACUUUCCUUGUAGCAGAUAUCGGAUCGGACUCACGAACUGGAACAGCAUUGAUUUCAAUCGUUUUGGAGUUCAGAUCUCUCUCUCUCUCUCUCUCUCUCUCCAGAGUGAAAAAUGGCUCAGAUCCUACUUCAUGGCACGCUUCAUGUCACGAUCUAUGAGGUUGAUAGGCUGCACAGCGGUGGCGGUGGGCCGAAUAUCUUCAAAAAGCUUAUGGAAAACAUUGAGGAGACUGUUGGUUUUGGAAAAGGAACUCCCAAAAUCUAUGCAACUAUUGAUCUGGAGAAGGCUAGGGUUGGUCGGACCAGACUCAUAGAAAAUGAACCGAACAACCCUAAGUGGUACGAGUCUUUUCACAUUUACUGUGCCCAUCCGGCUUCACAUGUUAUAUUUACUGUCAAAGAUGAUAAUCCCAUUGGGGCAACUCUGAUUGGAAGAGCUUAUGUACCUGUUCGAGACCUCAUUGAUGGGGAAGAAAUUGAUACAUGGGCUGAGAUCUUGGAUGGUGACAAAAAUCCUAUAAAAGCGGGUUCUAAGAUCCAUGUGAAGCUACAAUAUUUUGAUGUCACUCGAGAUCGUAGUUGGGCUCGUGGAAUUAGAAGUUCUAAGUUCCCUGGAGUUCCAUACACAUUUUUCUCACAGAGACAAGGAUGUCGGGUUUCCUUGUAUCAAGAUGCUCACGUGCCUGACAAGUUUGUUCCAAAAAUUCCUCUUGCUGGAGGAAAGUAUUAUGAGCCCCACAGAUGUUGGGAAGAUGUCUUUGAUGCAAUAUCUAAUGCACAACACUUUAUUUACAUUACUGGCUGGUCUGUUUAUACUGAAAUUUCCUUGAUAAGGGACACAAGGAGGCAAAAGCCAGGAGGAGACAUCAUGCUGGGUGAGCUGCUUAAGAAGAAGGCAAGUGAAGGUGUCAGGGUUCUAAUGCUUGUUUGGGAUGAUAGAACCUCCGUGGGUCUACUGAAGAAGGAUGGAUUAAUGGCCACCCAUGAUGAAGAAACUGAACAUUACUUCCAAAACACUGAUGUUCAUUGUGUCUUAUGCCCUCGUAAUCCAGAUGAUGGUGGAAGCAUAGUCCAAGAUUUACAAAUAUCUACCAUGUUCACACAUCAUCAGAAAAUUGUGGUGGUGGACAGUGAGCUGCCUUCUGGAGGAUCACAGAGGAGGAGGAUUAUGAGUUUUGUUGGGGGUAUUGAUCUUUGCGAUGGCAGAUAUGAUACCCAAUUCCAUUCCCUUUUCAGGACUUUGGACACGGCACAUCAUGAUGAUUUUCACCAGCCUAACUACCCUGGUGCUUCAAUCACUAAAGGUGGACCAAGGGAACCUUGGCAUGACAUUCAUUCCAGACUUGAAGGACCCAUUGCUUGGGAUGUUUUGUUUAACUUUGAACAGAGAUGGAAAAAGCAAGGUGGGAAGGACUUACUCCUUAACUUGAGAGAGCUUGAUGAUGUUAUCAUUCCUCCAUCUCCAGCGACGUUCCCCGAUGACCAUGAGACAUGGAAUGUUCAGUUGUUCAGAUCCAUUGAUGGUGGGGCUGCUUUUGGCUUCCCUGACACACCUGAAGAGGCAGCAAAAGCUGGGCUUGUCAGUGGGAAGGAUAAUAUCAUUGACCGAAGCAUUCAGGAUGCUUACAUUCAUGCUAUCCGACGCGCUAAGAACUUCAUAUAUAUUGAAAAUCAGUAUUUUCUUGGAAGCUCUUUUGGCUGGCGUUCAGAUGAUAUCAAGGUUGAGGAUGUUGGUUGUUUGCAUCUAAUUCCAAAGGAACUUUCCUUAAAGAUUGUUAGCAAGAUUGAGGCCGGGGAGAGGUUCACUGUCUAUGUUGUGGUCCCAAUGUGGCCGGAGGGAAUCCCAGAGAGCGCAUCGGUUCAGGCAAUAUUAGAUUGGCAGAGGAGGACAAUGGAGAUGAUGUAUAAAGAUGUUAUUGAAGCUCUCCACGCCAAGGGCAUUGAAGAGGACCCUAGGAACUAUUUGACAUUUUUCUGUCUUGGCAAUCGGGAGGUGAAGAGAAGUGGAGAAUAUGAACCUUCAGAAAAGCCAGAGCCUGACUCGGAUUAUAUUAGAGCACAGGAGGCUAGGCGCUUCAUGAUCUAUGUUCAUGCAAAAAUGAUGAUAGUUGACGAUGAAUACAUAAUAGUUGGAUCUGCCAACAUCAACCAGAGGUCAAUGGACGGUGCCAGGGACUCCGAGAUAGCAAUGGGAGCCUACCAACCGUAUUACUUGGCAAACAGGCAGCAGCCAGCACGGGGUGAGAUUCAUGGUUUCCGUAUGUCAUUAUGGUAUGAACACCUUGGCAUGCUCGAUGACACAUUCCUCCAUCCAGAAAGUCGUGAUUGUGUCCAAAAGGUGAAUCAAAUGGCUGAUAAAUAUUGGGAUCUGUACUCAAGUGAGAGUCUUGAACAUGACCUACCUGGUCACCUGCUUCGCUACCCCAUUGGAGUUGCUAGUGAAGGCGAUGUCACUGGGCUUCCACAAUCUGAGUUCUUCCCUGACACCAAGGCUCGAGUUCUGGGUGCUAAAUCUGACUACCUUCCUCCUAUCCUAACAACCUAGUAAAUUUUCAACUUGGUUUGAUUACUUUCAGAAUUACCUAAACCUUUUUUUUUUUUUUUUUUGGGUGCAAUAAGAUGAGUCGUAAUCUGCAGAUUAUGUUAUAUUAAUUUUCUGCAGAUAUAUGUUUGUGUUAGGUUUUAUGUUUGUGUAAUUUUGAUGCCUAGACCGACAUAUUUUUGUAUGUUUGUGGUUUAUUUUCUUGUGAGCUGAUUUCUACUGUUCUUCCUUGUUUAUCUUACUCUAUAAAUUUCUUUGGUAUUCAAUUUGGGUUUGGAUUUGGAUUGUCUUAAA